GCAGCAAAGCAGCAAGUCACCUGACUGUUCUCGCAUCGCAAGCUGCUCAUAUUUUUCUAGGGAGAGGAACAGUACACUUGAUCUUUCUCAUACUCAAAGACUCACUCUUUCGGGAUGGACUUCUCGAAGCUGCCCAAGAUUCGCGAUGAGGAGCGGGAGAGCCAGUUUGGAUAUGUGCACGGAGUCUCCGGGCCUGUGGUGACUGCCUCCAGCAUGGCGGGAGCAGCCAUGUACGAGCUGGUGCGUGUUGGCCACAGCGAGCUAGUGGGGGAGAUCAUCCGAUUGGAGGGUGACAUGGCAACCAUCCAGGUGUAUGAGGAAACAUCGGGUGUGUCUGUCGGGGACCCUGUCCUCCGUACGGGGAAACCCCUCUCCGUUGAGCUGGGGCCAGGCUGCAUGGGCUCCAUCUUUGAUGGUAUCCAGCGACCACUGAGGGACAUCAACGACAUGACCCAGAGCAUCUACAUCCCCAGGGGAAUCAACAUCGGAUCCUUGACCCGAGACAUAAAGUGGGAGUUUACCCCAUCCAAAAACCUACGAGUCGGAAGCCAUGUUACAGGAGGUGAUAUUUAUGGCAAUGUCUUUGAGAACUCCCUCAUCAAGCACAAGAUCAUGCUGCCACCACGAAACAGAGGCACAGUUACAUACCUGGCACCCCCUGGGAACUACGAUGUCUCGGAUGUGGUUCUGGAGCUGGAGUUCGAGGGAGUGAAGGAGAAGUUCACCAUGAUCCAGGUGUGGCCUGUGCGACAGGUGCGCCCCGUCACUGAGAAGCUGCCCGCCAAUCAUCCGCUGCUGACCGGUCAGAGGGUGCUGGAUGCCCUCUUCCCGUGUGUCCAGGGAGGAACCACAGCCAUCCCAGGAGCCUUCGGUUGUGGCAAGACUGUGAUCUCCCAGUCCUUGUCCAAGUAUUCAAACAGUGACGUUAUCAUCUAUGUAGGCUGUGGAGAGCGUGGUAAUGAGAUGUCUGAAGUACUGCGAGAUUUCCCUGAGCUGACCAUGGAGGUGGAUGGAAAGGUAGAAAGCAUCAUGAAGAGAACGGCUCUGGUGGCCAACACCUCCAACAUGCCUGUGGCUGCUCGUGAAGCCUCUAUUUACACAGGAAUCACCCUGUCUGAAUACUUCAGAGACAUGGGCUACAACGUCAGUAUGAUGGCUGACUCUACCUCUCGCUGGGCUGAGGCUCUGAGGGAGAUCUCUGGGCGUUUGGCUGAAAUGCCUGCUGACAGCGGUUACCCUGCCUACCUGGGUGCCCGUCUGGCCUCUUUCUACGAGCGUGCCGGCCGCGUGAAGUGCUUGGGCAACCCUGAGAGAGAGGGCAGUGUCAGUAUUGUGGGGGCUGUAUCACCUCCUGGUGGUGACUUCUCAGAUCCUGUGACUUCUGCCACCCUGGGUAUUGUGCAGGUGUUUUGGGGUUUGGAUAAGAAGCUGGCUCAGAGGAAGCACUUUCCCUCUGUCAACUGGCUAAUCAGUUACAGCAAGUACACGCGCGCUCUGGACGAGCACUACGACAAACACUUCCCCGAGUUUGUGCCACUCCGCACUAAGGCCAAGGAGAUCCUGCAGGAAGAGGAGGAUCUGGCUGAGAUUGUGCAGCUGGUCGGCAAGGCCUCACUGGCUGAGACCGAUAAAAUCACCCUGGAGGUAGCGAAGCUGAUCAAGGAUGACUUCCUGCAACAGAAUGGAUACACCCCUUAUGACAGGUUUUGCCCCUUCUACAAGACGGUGGGCAUCCUGUCCAACAUGAUCGCUUUCUAUGACAUGGCACGCCACGCCGUAGAGACCACCGCACAGAGCGACAACAAGAUCACCUGGUCCAUGAUCCGCGAGCACAUGGGCGAGAUUCUCUACAGGAUCAGCUCCAUGAAGUUCAAGGACCCUGUCAAGGAAGGAGAGGCCAAGAUCAAGGCUGACUAUGCCCAGCUGCACGAGGACAUGCAGAACUCCUUCCGCACCCUGGAGGACUGAGUUCUGACCUGACCUCCCCUUCGACCUCUGACCCCUCUGGGGCAGUGCAAUACCUCUCCCUCCUCCCGCUCCUACUCCUCCACUUCCCUGUUCCAUGUCUCUCUCUCUCUCUCUCUCUCUCUCUCUCUCUCUCUCUCUCUGCAGUGGACUUUCUGUUGCAGUGUCACACAUUCCACUGCUUUACGUGUUUCCAAUCUUGUGUGUGUGUGUGAGUGAGUGUGAGAGAUCCUCACCAAAUAAAUAUGUCUCUUUUUUCCUGCAUGGGCCAAUACCUGAUCUAACCCCCAGAAUGUCUGAGAGCGUGUUGGUGUGUGUGUGGUUUUUUUUUUUUUUUUGUGAACUUAUGUGUGUCUGUGUGUGAGUGUGUCUGUUGAUGUGUUUUGUGAGAUCGUAAAGUCGAUUCCCUGUCUUUCACCUGCACUGCCCCCCUUCUCCAUCCCCUGAACACAGUCAUGUCUUCUAGUUGUAGCUUUCACAAUUCAGUUGGUGUAAUUAUUUCUCUCUUCCUCUUCUCUGUACAGAAAAUUGAUAAACAUAAUUACAAAGCAGAGUGACUAUAUUUAUUGCGGGCUGUUUACGUGGAAGCCUGCAUUGUUUGUUUUUUGUUUGUUUUGUUUUGAUGUUUUUUUUUCUUAUGAUUGUGUUCUGAACGUGUUUGUCCAGUGUAUUUGUCGUGAGUGGAAAACUGUUUCUCUUCUCAACACUGCUCAUGUACCAGAUGUUUCAGUCCCAAAGAAUAAAACGCGGACAAUAAAGGAA